CCAUUACCUAGCGUCGCCGACGACGAGGAGGGCAGUGCCGACGAGGGCGCCUACGCACGUUUUUGGCAGCGCUUCCCCGUCGCUCGGCGUUAUCGGCGUUCGUCGUCGUCGUCGUCGUCGCCGCCGCCACCUUCGUCGACGACGAGGACGACGGCAGUGCGCGUCGGAAUACGCGGCCGUGCGGUGCUGCCGUUCCGUCGGUCGGUCGGUCGGUCGGUCGGUCGAUAGAGGCAACACAACGCCGGCGAAGGUGCGACGUGUGCGUCCGCUACUUCGAUGAGUCGUAUACUUUUACGAUGCGGCGCGCCCGUUAUCACCGCCGCGCUUCCUGUCCCUCCACCACCACGUCGUCGUCAUCGUCAUCGUCGCCGUCGUCGUCGUCGUCGUCACCCCGCGCUCGCCCGCGCCGACGGCGGGUGACUCCGUAGAGACUCCGAGAGCGUCGCGCGGCGUAUUCGCGAGCGGCGCGUAAGACGAGCAGCAGCGCCGAGCGUCCGUCUUCCCGUCCGCGCGAUCCGGUGUCAACCCGAGUCGCACGCGAAAGCCGGAAGUCGCGUUUCCUCCCGCGUUCCCGCAUACGGCUUUUCCGUUUGUACCGUGGACCGUGAAUCAUCGCGAGCGUGGAAAAAAAGAGAUAGAGAGAUAGAGAACAGACCCGAGUUUUUCCUGUCCCGAGCCGGAAAGCGGUACGUACGACUUCGGUCUCCCGUCGAUCCGAGGAUUUGCGAGGAUUUUCCUGACGACGGCGACGACCCGGUGCAACGUCUCUCUCCCUCUCUCUCUCUCUCUCUCUCUCUGUCUCUCUCGCGCGAGAAAGACAUGGACCGCCAGCGGCAGCUGUCACUGUAGCGCGCGCGCGCGACGUCUCGGCGCCGAAGCGGUAUGAGUCACUCCACUUAAUUAUUGGAUUUGACGUUUUAGUGAUUUGUAGCCGCGACACUUGCCAUCCUUCAUUUCGGAUCGUGCCGGUCGGAACCGGGUUUAUCCAGUCCACGCGCGCCGAACCGAACGGCAGAAAUUAAGGUUCGACUUGGUUCUCCGUUGGAAGAUGUUACAUUCAUGCAGUGUCGUUAGGUUGCUUUAGCUCGCGAAACAAAACCGGGACUAUUGUCUGUCAUUGAGGAAAACAGACUCUCUGGCGAAUCUGAAAUUCUUCCCGAAAGCGCUCUAAAUCGGUGUUGCUGCUGCAUAGCGUGACGGCCAGGUUGGUGGUGGUGGUGGUGGUGGUGGUGGUCGUGGUGGUGGUGGUGGUGGUAGCGACCGACAACGACGGUGUGUGUGAUUGCACUCAGAGGGUGGCGGCUCAUCGUGUAAACCGCCCCUGGUCGCCGCUAUACGGGGUGGGAUUAGGGGAGUCAAUCGCAGGGAGGCCCGCAGCAGCACGUGCGAGUGCGCUCGUCGUCGUGGCGGUUCCCUUCUGAUGGUACAACGAGUAGAAGUAGUGACUCACCGGCGACGGACGAGCGCGGACGACGGCGCGGAUCGUCCACGGCAGAAGCACCGUCGUCGUCGUCGUCGUCCUCGUCCUCGUCCCUGUCGUCGCGCCGCGUCACCCGCGCCAUGGGCCGCCUCGUCCCGAUGAUCGUCCCCGCGCACCACCAUCCCCCCGUCGUCGUCGUCGUCAUCAUCGCCGUCGUCCUGUCAUGCUGUCCGGGAUGCGGCCGCGCCGACCCCGCGCCCUACCAUCUCGGAUCCUCCGCGGAGCAAAACUUCCCGGCGGAGAAGCCGGCAAGUCCCGACUCACAUGGGCCGCAGGCCGACACCGGCGACCUCCCCAGCGAUCCCUACAGCGCCUAUCCGGGUCUGGGCUUCGGCCCGAUGGGCCCGAUACCCCGCUCGGUCCUCCCGAACGACCCCGCCACCGUGCCGCGCAGCCUCUCGUCGGCCAGCGACGGUGACGAUGCCGCACAACGAAAUACCCUUUCCGAGGGAUCGCGGCAGCUCGCCUCGGCGGCGCGUUCCGCCGACGACACCGCGGUCCAGCAGUCGCCGAAACCGGAGUACCGCAUCAUCAACGUCGAGUUCACGCGCGUCGAGACGCCCUUUCUCAUCGGGAUAUGGAUUUUCUUCGCCAGUAUCGCGAAAAUCGGUUUCCACAUGGCACCGAAGCUCAACAAGAUCUUCCCGGAGUCCUGCCUGCUGAUCGCCGUCGGCGUGAUCGUCGGCCUGCUGCUGUUCCAGGCGAGCAGCGUUCACAUCUCACCGCUGACGCCCGACACGUUCUUCUUGUACAUGCUACCACCCAUCAUCCUGGACGCCGGCUACUUCAUGCCCAAUCGGCUGUUCUUCGACCACCUCGGGACGAUACUCCUGUUCGCCGUCGCUGGGACUAUAUUUAAUACGAUGUCGAUAGGUGUGUCGCUGUGGCUCUUGGGGAAAAGUGGUAUGUUCGGCUGCGAGACGCCUAUCCUCGACAUGUUCCUCUUCUCGGCGUUGAUCAGCGCCGUCGAUCCCGUCGCCGUGUUAGCCGUCUUCGAGGAGAUCCACGUGAACGAGAUACUCUACAUCGUCGUGUUCGGGGAGAGUUUAUUGAACGACGCGGUCACUGUCGUGCUCUAUCACAUGUUCGAGACGUACAGCGAGAUGGGCCCUUCCAGGAUCGCCUACACGGAUGUGCUAGCGGGCCUAGGCUCGUUUUUGGUCGUGGCGAUCGGCGGUACCAUCAUAGGGGUCGUUUGGGGCUUCGCCACUGGCUUCGUAACCAGGUUUACCCAUCAGGUGCGCGUGAUAGAGCCGAUCUUCAUAUUCGUGAUGGCGUACUUGGCAUACCUCACCGCGGAGAUCUUCCACUUGUCCGGCAUAUUGGCGAUAACCUUCUGCGGUAUUACCAUGAAGAACUACGUCGAGGCCAAUAUAUCGCACAAGUCCCACACGACCGUCAAGUACACAAUGAAGAUGCUGUCGAGUAGCUCGGAGACCAUCAUAUUCAUGUUCCUCGGCGUCGCCACGGUGAACAAUGCCCACAACUGGAACACGUGGUUCGUCGUCAUGACGAUACUCUUCUGCUCCAUCUACCGAGCCGUGGGCGUGAUAGUGCUGACGGCGCUGGCGAACCAAUUUCGGCUGCACAAAUUGGACAAAGUUGAGAAAUUCGUCAUGUCCUACGGCGGCUUGCGCGGCGCGGUGGCGUUCGCCCUGGUGCUUCUCAUAGAUCCCAGGCACGUGCCCCUGCAGCCCAUGUUCGUCACCACCACUAUCGCCGUCAUCUACUUUACCGUGUUCAUCCAGGGGAUCACCAUCAAACCCCUCGUCAAAAUUCUCAAUGUCAAGAGGGCCGAAAAGAGGAAGCCGACGAUGAACGAGAGGAUCCACGAGAGGAUAAUGGAUCAUACGAUGGCGGGUAUCGAGGACAUUUUGGGGCAGCACGGCAACUACCACGUCCGAGACAAAUUCAAGCGAUUCGACAAUAAAUUCAUCCGACCUUAUCUCGUGAGAGAUCAUUGUGGCGCCGAGCCGAAGAUUCUGGAAACUUACUCGAAGCUGGCGAUGAAGGAUGCCCUAGAUUACAUAAGAAGAAAUGCCUCCACCAUCGGUAACAUUAGCGGCACCGAAAGUAUGUCGGCGAUAUUCCGUAAUUACAGCAAUACCGGCGGACAGUUCAAUGGAAGCCCCAGCUGCAGCCAGCUCGAAUCGGGAUGGAAUAUCGAUCUCCAGGAACUGGAGUACAAUCCUUCCAAAAAAGACCUGACGGACGCGAGAAUUCACCAUCUGCUCGCCGAAGAGCUUUGUAAACCAUACAAAAGGCAUCGGCGUUUGAGCUACAGCCGUCACGCGGUGAACGAUCGCGAUCUCUCGACGCAAGUCAAUUACAAAAUGCACAUGAACAUACGACGGAUGGUGGGGGAGCACAAGCAUCGCCACAAGCGCAGCAAAAAGCUGCUCAAAGACGGCAAACAGAAUCACGUUAGUUUCCCGGAAUUUCAACAGCAGAACGGCUCGACAAAGUUAUUUACGCAAGAUUACAUCAAUGGCGUGCUGUACGAGCUGGAGAAUGGAGAGACCUCCAAGCCCUCCAGCAAAGAGGACUGGGAUUCAGCGAUCACGUUCACCGCACGAACAUCUGAUUCGCCGAAUGUAAACGCGGAUAAUCAACACGCUACCACCGCUACUACGUCGAUGGACACGAUAAAUACGGACGAAGGAGACUUGAAAAUAGGACGCGACGGCGCGGAAGGCUACAGAGUAACCACCCCUACGGCCACGGAAACUAUGUUACCGUGGAAACGCGAGGACGAUUACGAGUCGGGUCAUCCGAUCAAGCAGCACGAAUUUCCAGCCUGGUGCUCCAAUAAAGAAUACCUCGCCUACAGCUCGCCCUCCGCCACUUUCUUAGGUGGGAUCGAACAGCCGAAAGUCCAAUCCGUGAUUGGCCUAUUUCGACGCGAGAGCGUGUGCACGCCCGACAGUAUCGAUUGCCAGGAGACCGUCGACGAGGCGGACGAGACGGACGAGUACACCCCCGCGAGAAUGGAUUCCCCCGCGAAAACCAAGGGCAACCCGAGGAGGAGGGUGCCCGCGAGACGGGUGUCAAUGAUGGAGCUCGGCUUCGCCGACCGAACUCACUCGAUGGACGACGGGUCCCACUCCUUACCGGACUGCCGGCAUGUCCAGAGAGUACGCCUUAACUCCCUCGCCUGUACGCCCGCCCAUCUGCCGAGCCUGUCGACCGCCCUGAUCGCCGCCUCCUCCACGUCGGAAUCGUCGGAGGACGUGGACGAGGAGGAGGAGAGGGCUUGACCCUUGGGGACCGUCGCCGAGGAGGAGCGGCCGUCCACCCUCGCGGACCUCGAACGUCGGCGACGUCGGCCCUUCCGGCGACCACCACGUCACUCGUUGCUCACCUCGCUCCUGCGACGACCGAGUGCCCCCGUAUGAGAAUACCUGCCCUUGACGAGCCGCCUUCCAGCUCAGGAGGCAUCUCGCGAAUCUGAAUCUCGGCCUGAAUUUCGUUGACGCGCCCCUCACCCACGCGCGAGACAAGGUGUUGCGAAGGGACAAAUUCCGUGAGAAACAACGAUGUGAAGGAAAAAAAUGAGAAAGACUAUGCAAAACGAAACUUUCGAUUUCGUACGAGGAGAAGUAUUUAGAAAAACGUGAGAAUUUUGCGGAUUACACGAAGAAAGGAAAAAAAGCGGGGGAAAGAUAGUCUUCUGAAAAGUUUAUGAGGAGUUUCUCCGGGCAACGCGAGAAAGUAACGCGAAUCUCUUUGGUAUGAACGGCCCUCUGUUCGCGUUCGGCAUACAGUAUUCGCGAGAUCGCUCGCCGAUUUCCGGAAGGGAGUACGGACGUAUAUUACGAAAAGUUGAAAUUUUACGAAUCACUGUUAUUUUCUUCUGCACGCCGCGUGAACGCGUUUGCAAGGGCGAAGGCGCUUGUCAAGAGCAGGGGCUUAUUUCUAAAUCCGUCUCUAAGACGUCUUGGAAUUGUGGCCUUAAAAGGACUGUAGAAGUGCUUGGGCGCCUCCCCCCGGCGACGGUGUCGUAUGCCGCCGUCGUCGUCGUCGGCGCAAAAUUUCACUUGUCGGUGCUAUCGAUAAAAAUCUUGUAAAAAUGCGCCGCCCAAACUUCCAAGAUUUACCACGAGUACCCUUCUCCCGGGGGUGGAUUCGACGGUGAUACUCGCUGCUGUGUACUUCGCGAUUAAGCCACGGUCAGGCUUGGCAGGAAGCCACGUGCGCAGUCGGAUUAAACACUCAAAUCGUUGUCAUCACUUAUAAAUUCUGAAAAUAAUAUAUUCUUUCGUAAAUAAUAGAAAAUAAUAUAUUCACAUGGUGCGAAAAAAAUCUUUAGCUAUUAGCUUGCGCUAUCAUAUUUUUAAACAUAUUAGUAUUAUUCCUGCGAGCUAUUUUAUGGCAUUAUUUUCUUUAGAGAAACAUAAUUUUUAUCUCCAUCGUCGCUUAAUAGGAAAUACUUUUAUUCCCCUUACCAAGAUUGUGGAAAAUCACUAAUCGCUCAUUCAUCAAACUGUCAAUUAUAGUUGUAAUAUGACUCAGAUCUCUGCCAUACGUUUUGGAAAUAAGGACGACUUUAUCGUCAUAGAAAAUUAUGCAUUUUUUAGUUGGAUCAAAGGUGCAGUUUCACGUGCUUGCUACACGAGCAAUUAGAACGACAGAUUUAUCGCUCUUGUCAACGGCUAAAGUUUUGUAGUUUGAACAGUUUUAACUACAAGCAUUAACGCUUAUACGCUAUGCGAUGUAAAUACGCUGUACGCUGUCGCUCAGCUGUUAAAUUCAUUGCUUUUUUGCCAUUUCUUUAUGACAACAGUUGUCGCUGUAAUAAUUCCGCGGCAAAAGUGACCUUUUCUGUCGUUCAAAACGGCGGGUUCGAGCGGCUCAGGAAAUUGCAUCUUGAAAACUUUGUCAAAACUAAGUCGCUAAGUCUGGCCGUAGCUUCGCGGACGACGAGUAAUCCAACAUUAGGUGCGUUAUAUCGUUAGUAGUCCCGUUAUCGUGAUUCUGACGCAUGUACGCACGCAUGCAUACAACGCAGUACAUCGCAGUGUACGUAGAUAGACGACAUCCCGUAGCGACGCAUCCCCAGCUGAAUUUAGGAGAAUUCCUUUCGAGCAAACUGCUACCAGUUGUGUAGAACCAGACGAGAGAGAUUGCGUACAGAUGCGCGCCACUCUCCCUUUGAGUAUGGCCUUAAAAAAAAAAAAAACUUUCCAGCAAGCGGAUACUCGUGAGUAACACGGUGCCUGUGGUGUACGGAUAAUACACUGUUAAACAAUACAUUGUUAAUAUCGCGCGGCCACGGCACCGCUUGGUCAAUAUUUAGCGAAAAGCAGUCAGAAGCAUGUACAUACGGUUUUUCUUAAAGAUACACUAGAUAAUCUUCGGCAUCCUCAUCAUUGUCAUCUUCAGCAGCAUCCUCAUUCACACUAUUUUUGUUAUGGUUUAGUAUUAUUUCUUCGGUGAAGUGAGAGAGAGAAAGAGAGAGAAAGAGACAAAGAGAGAGAGAGAGAGAGAGAGAGAGAGAGAGAGAGAGAGAGAGAGAGAGAGAGAUGCGGAACGUGAACACUAGACAAUUCGGUAUUCUAGUUAUUAUUGUUACACUUGUUACUAUCGCUAGUAUGUGACUAUACUAGUUCUACUACUAAUAAUGCAGUUAAUAAUGCAAUUAUAGCCAUCGCUCGAUGCAGGCGGAAAGCGAAAGCGUUGAGCUCUUGCUAGUUUCGAGGGGAACUUUGUCAACAGAGACUUUUGAUAGUUGGAAACUUAUUUUGAUUAUCAAAUACGAAUCGUGACAGUUACAAAAUGGGAUCAUCUCAGAUAGUCGAACCUUGUCAUCGAUGCCCCCCCCCCCCCCGCUAAUACUUUAAUGGUAUACAUUGCAGAAAUUGCAAUUCUUUUUAUAUUUGUUUUCGCGUCAUUCGUAACGAUUAAUAUCAAUUUUAUUAAUACUACAAUUAGCUUAGACUUUCAAUCAUUUCAUUUUUGACCUUUUAACAAUUACCUCAUGGCUCUUGGGGACCUUGCGAUUUUUAUACUUCCUAUAAAUGCAAUUGCGGAGUACUUAAUUUAGCAUACGCGAUCUCUGAUACCGAUCCACUUUUGUAUUUACAUAAGGGUGACAGGGUAUAAGUUUGCUCUAUUUAAAAUCAGAAAAAAGUACAAUGGGAAGUUUAAUGAAAAUGAUUUCGCAUUCGGAUUUGGAAGUUCCCCUCGUAAGGAAUAUUCCUCGCGGCCUUUAGUUACUUAGACCGGAUAAAGAACGUCGGACUAGUCUCUAGGUGCUAGUCUCUACGCUGUUGAUUUGUUAAAAAGGAAAUAAAUGUUUAUUUCUUAAAA